AUCUCCAUACUGCAAUCUCCAUCUUCCCUUUUCUCCCCAUCACACUAGUCUGAAAGGACUGCACAUCAACAUGGUCCAAUCAUCGGUCCUCGGUUUCCCCCGCAUGGGUGCGGACCGUGAGCUCAAGAAGGCCAACGAGGCCUACUGGGGCGACAAGCUCUCGCGGGACGAGCUGCUUAAGGAGGGCAAGCGUCUGCGAUUGGAGCACUGGAAGAUCCAGAAGGAUGCUGGUGUCGAUGUCAUCCCCAGCAACGACUUUGCCUUCUACGACCACCUUCUCGAUCACAUCCAGCUGUUCAACGUCAUCCCAGAGCGCUACUCCAAGCACUCGCUGCACACACUCGAUGAGUACUUCGCCAUGGGCCGUGGCCACCAGAAGGAUGGCGUCGAUGUUCCUAGUCUGGAAAUGGUCAAGUGGUUCGACUCAAACUACCACUACGUCAAGCCUACCUUCCAGGACGGCCAGACCUUUAAGCUCUCCGAGAACCCCAAGCCCGUCACUGAGUUCCUCGAGGCCAAGGAGGCUGGCAUCGUCACCCGCCCCGUCCUCAUCGGCCCCGUCUCCUUCCUUGCCCUCGGAAAGGCCGACCGUGACCAGUCGGUCGACCCCAUCUCUCUGCUCGACAAGCUCCUUCCCGUAUACGUAGAGCUCCUCGAGAAGCUCAAGGCUGCCGGUGCCGAGACCGUCCAGAUCGACGAGCCCGUCCUCGUCUACGAUCUGCCCCAGAAGGUCAAGGAUGCUUUCAAGCCCGCAUACGAGAAGCUUGUCGGCAGCAACUUGCCCAAGGCCAUCGUCGCCACCUACUUCGGUGACGUUGUCCACAACUUCGACGCCCUUGCUGGCCUCACCAACGUCCACGGUAUCCACAUUGACCUUGUAAGGAACCCUGAGCAGCUCGAGAGUGUCAUCAGCAAGCUCGGCUCCAGCCAGAUCCUGUCCGCCGGUGUCGUCGACGGCCGCAACAUCUGGAAGACCAACUUCAAGAACGCCAUCGAGAAGGUCGAGACCGCCAUCCAGAAGCUCGGCAAGGACCGUGUCAUCGUUGCCACCUCCAGCUCCCUCCUCCAUACACCUCACUCCCUCGACAGUGAGAAGAAGCUCCCCACUGAGGUCAAGGACUGGUUCUCCUUCGCCGUCCAGAAGGUUUCCGAGGUCGUCGUCAUUGCCAAGGCUGUCACCGAGGGCCCUGCUGCUGUCCGUGAGGCUCUUGAGGCCAACGCCAAGUCGAUGCAGGCCCGCGCCUCAUCCGAGCGCACCAACAACAAGGCUGUCAAGGACCGUCAGGCUAGUGUCACCCCCGAGCAGCACGAGCGUAAGUCUGCCUUCCCCGAGCGUUACGCUCAGCAGAAGCAGCACCUCAAGCUCCCUACCUUCCCCACCACCACCAUCGGCUCUUUCCCCCAGACCAAGGAGAUCCGUAUCUCGCGCAACAAGUUCACCAAGGGCGAAAUCACCGCCGAGGAGUACGAGAAGUUCAUCGAGAAGGAAAUCCAGGACGUCGUCAAGAUCCAGGACGAGCUUGACCUCGAAGUGUACGGUUCACGGUGAGCCAGAGCGUAACGACAUGGUCCAAUACUGCGGUGAGCGCCUUGACGGCUAUGUCUUCACCACCAAGGGUUGGGUCCAGUCUUACGGCUCCCGCUGUGUCCGUCCUCCGAUCAUUGUCGGUGACAUCUCUCGCCCUGCUCCUAUGACCGUCAAGGAGUCCAAGUACGCCGCCUCCAUCUCCAAGAAGCCCAUGAAGGGCAUGCUUACUGGUCCCAUCACCUGCCUCCGAUGGUCUUUCCCCCGUGACGAUGUACACCAGUCUGUCCAGGCUCAACAGCUGGCUCUCGCUCUCCGCGACGAGGUUGUUGACCUUGAGGCUGCCGGUAUCUACGUCAUCCAGGUUGACGAGCCUGCUCUCCGUGAAGGUCUUCCCCUCCGUGCCGGCACUGAGCGCGAGAAGUACCUCUCAUGGGCCGUCGACUCCUUCAAGCUCUCUUGCGCAGGUGUUCAGGACUCUACCCAGAUCCACUCUCACUUCUGCUACUCCGAGUUCCAGGACUUCUUCCACGCCAUUGCCGCGCUCGAUGCCGACGUCCUGUCCAUCGAGAACAGCAAGAGCGAUGCCAAGCUCCUCAAGGUCUUCGAGGACAAGGCCUACCCUCGUCAUAUUGGUCCCGGUGUCUACGACAUCCACUCCCCUCGUAUCCCCUCCGAGCAGGAGAUCAAGGACCGUCUCGCCGAGAUGUUGACCUACCUCAAGCCUGAGCAGCUCUGGGUCAACCCUGACUGUGGUCUCAAGACCCGUCAGUGGAAGGAGACCAAGGCCGCGCUGACCAAUCUUGUCAACGCCGCCAAGUUCUACCGCCAGAAGUACGCUUAAAUUCUUUCGCCAUUUGGCACCCCUUACGGCUGUGUUUCAUCAACGCAGUCGAUUCGUGCGGCAUAUCAACAUGCCGCCGUGUAAUUUGUGUAAUGACGUCUUUCUAUGAUACCCAAAAGUUCAACCUGCAUUAUGGGUCGUUAUCGGUGGUUAAAAAGCGGAGCAUCUGAUGGGGGUAGCAUGAACGAUCUCAACAUCGUCGUUCAUACGGUAGCAGCAUACUGCAUGCUUGCUUUGGCGUUCAAUUGGUAAAUGACUCCCGACCGCGAUUGUGGUCAACAUCUACUUCACUCCAUAGAUAGUAGAAUGUCCCGCCUGUGUAUUAGACACAUGACGGAAGGCAUAGCGGUGAAUCGUACAUGUUUCAUCGUUGCCAAAA